CAAAUAUAAACCGCUGCCUCGACACAGAUUGCAACAACUGUAUCUACAACCAACAUCAAGAUGCGUUUCUAUCUGCUUAUCGCUCUCGCUCUGACCGUCCUCAUGCAACUGGUCGCUGGCAACGCAGCGCUGCACGAAGGAACUCGUACGCCACUCCAUGCGAUCGCCCAACGGGAUACCGCUGGCGUUGCCGGAACCCCGCCUUCGGGGGGUCCACCUCACGGCGGUCCUCCACCACCCCGCACAACCACAGCCUCCUCUGGCUAAUCAGCGAUGAAGCUUGUUUAACGCCGAACCAUGAACUCGACUCUGGAAUCUGACAACUGUAUAAAUAAUCGACCCUACACUCUCUGCACUGUAUCAUAAUUGAGCAACUGAAUAAAGCAAAUGUAGUGGAAUAGCAAAAAUUGUGAAUGUCUAAUAAAACUAAUUGAGAAUUGUU